AUGGCUCUCUACAACAACGGGGCCGACGUGCCUUCACCCCAGGAAGCUUCCAAUGGCUUCUCACAGCCUGGAGCCUCGGGAACGUGGCACAAGGGUGAGGAGGAGGUGCGCCUGGUGGAGCCCAGCCUGGUGAAGAAGGCUCAUCGGGAGAUCCUGGACCAUGAGCGCAAGCGGCGCGUGGAGCUCAAGUGCAUGGAGCUGCAGGAGAUGAUGGAGGAGCAGGGGUACUCCGAAGAGGAGAUCCGGCAGAAAGUGGGGACCUUUCGGCAGAUGCUGAUGGAGAAGGAAGGCGUCCUCACCAGGGAGGACCAGCACGGGCGCCAAAUCGUGAUAGAAAACCACCACGGCGUGGAUGGGGAGGAGUACGCGGUGGAGUACCCCGACUCCGGCGAGGGCUGCCUGCUGCAGUGCGACUGCUCGGCCGAGUGCUACCGCGAGGACAGCGGCCACCGCGAGUACAGGCUGAAGAGGCGCUCGAGCAGCUCCACCUCUCCUCCACCCAAGAAGAAGAAGAAGAAGAAAUCAGGUCACCGCCGGAGCCGCAAAAAGAGGAAACCUGGCUCGGAGCGCAGCUGCGAUAGCUCUUCACCCAUCCGCAAGGAAAAGAAAAAGAAGACUGGAAAGAAACACAGACGUGAUAGGUCUGAGUCGGGGUCACGGAAGAAAAGAAGACACAGGUCCCGGAGCCCCAAGAGCAAACGGAAAGAGAAAAACAAAGAGCGCAAGAG